AUGAAUGAUGAAACAGAAAGAGGUAGCAUCAUCAAUGGGUCUGAUGAUCAAAUCAGGGGAGAUCAAGAAGUGAAAAACAUGGUUUAUGCUAACAACAUAGAUGGUGUGGCAACUAACAGGGAAGAUCAUAGGGUCACCACAGGAAUGGAAGCUGCUAAAAGAUAUAUAUCCUCUCUUAGUGCUAAUGCCACUGAAGCUCAGCUGCCAAAUCAUGGAUUGCUUGUGAUCCCUCUCUUUAACACGUUUGAGAGUCUAAAGAUUCUCAACUUGUCUGGAAAUGCUAUUGUGAGGAUACCUGCAGGUGCUCUUCCUCCACGACUUCACUCUUUGAAUUUGUCCAAAAACAAUAUCUUCAUCAUAGAGGGAUUGCGUAAACUUACACGGCUUCGUGUCCUAGACCUCAGUUACAACCGUAUAAGAAGAAUCGGACACGGCCUUGCAUCCUGUUAUUCUCUGAAGGAGCUGUACCUGGCUGGGAACAAGAUCAGUGAAGUAGAGGGUCUCCACCGCCUCUUGAAACUAAGUAUUCUUGAUAUCCGUUUCAAUGAAAUUUCAUCAGCCAAAUGCUUAGGCCAACUUGUAGCUAACUACAAUUCAUUGCAAGCUAUCAGUUUGGAUGGGAACCCAACCCACAACAGUGUAGAAGAUGAACAAUUGAAGAAAUAUCUAAAAGUCAUUCUUCCCCAUCUUGUAUACUAUAAUGGGCACCCCAUCAAAGUGAACACUUUGAAGGAUGCUGCAGAUGAAUCAGUUCAGUUUAGCAUGAAUUCAUAUCAAUUUGAUCGUGUCCUUAGAUUAGAUAAUAAGACCAUAAAAAAGGCCAACCAAGGUGUUGUAGCUGCUCAGAGGCCAUCAACAACUUCCACUCGUGCUCGCAGAGAUCAAACAGUGAACUCUUCAAAACUUUCUAAGGGUAAGCAUAAUAACACUGACCUACUACCACCAUCUGAAGCUGAAGUAUCAAUCCGAAGUCGGUAUUAUAGGAGGUUAUUUUGGUUUCCUUUAUUAAUUUGA